AUGGCAUCAGUCAAAAUUCCCAAACAAAAAGUCAUUCUUUGUGGUGAAUUUGGUGUUGGUAAAAGUUCAAUUUUUCGUCGAUACGCAACGAACACAUUUGUAACUGCCGUUGAUAGAAAAUCUACUCUAGGAUUAGAUCAUUUUGAUAAAACUUAUGCGGUAGACGGAAGAGAAAUAAAAUUGCAACUUUGGGAUACAGGAGGAAUGGAAAGAGUGGCUUCGAUUACUUCCAGUUAUUAUAAAUUUGCUGAAGCUGCUAUAUUAGUUUUCGCCUUAGAUAAUGCUUCUUCUUUUCACAUACUGUCACAACAUUUAUUAGACAUUGUAACAUAUGCAGAAAAUGCUAAAAUAUUUCUUUGCGGUAAUAAGUCUGAUCUAAUUAGUCCUGUACCUCAGAUUAGCGAUAACGAUAUCGAGAGUUUUUGUGAACAAUGUCAUAAUUUAAUAAGUGGAGUGUAUAAAACUUCAUGUAAAACAGCAGAGGGAAUAGAUGAAAUGUUUUCCGAUAUUGCACAACAACUUGUCGAAAGCAACAAAUCUCGAAUUGAUUUGAAAAAUUUAGAUGCAGACUCGUUUAAAGUUACACCAAUCGAAGAUAAUCCAGAACCUGCUUGCUUAUGCUAG